UCUACGUGCGCGGAUGCUAUGCUAUGCUGUUUAAAUGGCAUAAUGUGAGUGUUUUAUAAGUGCUUGGCUACAUCAAGUGACAUGCGCGCGACAAUUUUAUUGGAAAUUGCUCAUUACACGUAUUUUUUGCACGUUUGUUUACGGAAUAGCACUACAUUCAAGUGCAUCGAGUGUUAUGUAACACCGAAGAUCUUUUGAACUGCAUAAUUAAAACGUCGUAUAAAUGUUUUUUACGGGAGUGACAUUAUAGUAGUCUUAAAAUAAGUUUUUAUCACUUUCAACUGCGAUUUGACUGUUUGUGUGACAUAAUUUUUAACGUUAUCUUCCCGCUGAUGGAUGAACUUUGACGAUGAACCUUUUAAAGUGUAUGUAUGAUAAGCCUCCGUAUUCUCAUCGAAAAAAACACCAGCGAUGAUUUUGAGUGCUGGAGUCGAAGAAAUUGUGGGUUGAUUUGGGAACUGAAGUGAAAUUUGUGACACGAAGCGGUAGUUCUAAGCAACGCUGUCAAAUAACUCCCAAGCAUCGGGUUUGCCGCCACUGCAGAUGGGAGUGUUUGAAGAAAGGUCUUCUUACACGCCCGGGAUGCAUUGGCAGCAGCACGAACACUAUAUUGGCCCGGCCUACGACCCAUCCCGCGACCUUUCGCCGAAUCUUCCUUCGUGUGACUCGUCAAUGGGGGACCCAGAACAUAGCGUUUCCAGCGGCAGUUCUUGCAGCACUCCUUCCAACAAUAACCAUCAAUCUUGUGGCUCAGAGAUCUGCAGGCCUCCCCAUAGUUCUAGCCAUCAACCUCAACAUCCUCCUCAUUCCGUCACUCCCGCAGAGCUCUGCAGACCUCAUUCCUCCUUCGAACAGCACAUACCAAAGAUAGAGCCCUUGCAGUCCUCGACGCCUCCUUCCUCUCCUACCGCUAGUUGCGUAGAUGAAAACGGUGUUACGGGGUGUGCUGGUUGUGGUGGUAGAAUAACGGACAGGUAUUACCUCCAAGCGGUGGAAAGAAGAUGGCACACUUCCUGUCUACAGUGCUGUCAGUGCAGGAAGAAUCUGGAUGGAGAUAUCACCUGCUUUUCUAGAGACGGCAAUAUUUACUGUAAAAAAGAUUAUUACAGAUUAUUCGGUAUGAAAAGAUGCGGAAGAUGUCAGGCGACGAUCUUAUCGUCAGAACUAGUGAUGCGAGCGAAGGACUUAGUUUUUCAUGUGCAUUGUUUUUCAUGUGAAGUUUGUAACGCGAUUCUGACUAAAGGAGAUCAGUUCGGCAUGAGAAACGGCUCGGUGUUGUGUCGGUUACAUUACUUCGAAAUGCCGAUGUCGGAAUCGAUGCCGGCGGGGAUAUUUCCCCCGGGCCUUCACCACUACCCGCCUCCGUUCCCGAGUCCCGAAUUUCACCACCACCACCCCUCGUUGCCCCCGCAGACAGCCGCCGAACCGAUCGGUAAAGUCCCUCCCUUCUUUAACGGCGCGCCGACGACGCCACGACAAAAGGGACGACCGCGGAAGCGGAAACCCAAGGACCUGGAAGGUAUGACCGCAAAUCUAGAUCUGAACUCGGAUUACUUAGAUAUGUCCUUUGGGAGAUCGGGUACGCCGGGUUUGCAUGGUUCCAAUCAAAGAACGAAGAGAAUGAGGACGUCAUUCAAGCAUCACCAAUUAAGAACGAUGAAGUCGUACUUUGCAAUCAAUCACAACCCAGACGCCAAAGACCUUAAACAACUCUCUCAAAAGACUGGCCUCCCGAAAAGGGUGUUGCAGGUUUGGUUUCAAAACGCCAGAGCUAAAUGGAGACGAAUGAUGUUGAAACAGGAAGGGAAAGCUGGUGAAAAAUGCUCCGGAUCUGAAAGUAUGAGCGAUAUGGAUCUCUACCCUCAUGGUCCGGCCUCAAUGGGUAGCACAAUAUCAAUGAAUCCCCACAGUCCUCCAUUCAUCAUGCCACCAGGUAGUCCAUCGUCAUUAGACUGUUCGUGAGAAAGAGUUUCAGCCAAACCACUUAGAUAAAAGAAGCUAAAAGCGUAGUAUUUAUUGACGAUGACUGUGAUUGUGGACGACUUUCAUUACAAAAUCUAUCUGACGAAAGAAGUAUUACUUAUAAACUGACGUAGGGAUAAGACAUUCACUAAUCUACUGGAUUCCAUUCAAUUUAUCGAUUUUUCAACAAUUUCUUCGAUAUUUUCUAGGACAUUGAGAAUUUUACGGUAGAACCAAGCACGAAAAUUUGUGAAUUUAAAGCAGAUUCUGAGUUUUGAACUCUGUGGCAUGCUAAAAGUCUAAUUCGUAUCAUCCAUGAUGUAUCAGUUUGUAUCAUCAUGGAUGAUAUAGACUGAAAAUUUAUAAAGUUCUCAAAUAAUUAUUGACAUAAUACCAGUUAUUGAUAGAUGACGCUACCAAUGAGAUUACAAAUACAAUUAGUACGUCAUUUGAUAAUAAAUUAAGCGAUCACUGAUAUCUUGAAGCACAACAAUUGAAAUUCUCUUGGUAUAGGUAUAUAUGACCAAUAGUACUGCCAGAUCUGAUUUUCUAGUUAUAUUAACUAAUGAAGAACAUUCUCUGUUCAUGGUUUCAUUUUAUUCGAUUGAAAAAUGCAAAUCGUUUUCAGAGAAAAUCUUGUGACGUAUUUUUUCUGUCUUUGAUACACUGUUCUGUAUAUGUUCUCUGAAUAUGACUUACUUCAUACUUGGGCUGGGUAAUCUCGCGUCCAAGUCCAAGAAAUGUGGACAUUUUCCAGUGCAUGGUACCUAACAUAACAAUAGACUCAAAGAAUCAAGUAGAAACAUUCUAGUCAGAUAUAGAAUCCGUUUUCUGUUAGAACUUAUAACAAUCGAAGUUUUGAUUCAGUCUCAAUUUCAAUAUAUUCGAAAACAUUCAUUAAUAAUGAGAAGGCGUAUUUCAUGCUAUCUGUAUGCAAUCUGCAAUACAUAUUUACUAUUUUUUCCGAAAAUAUCAAUAUGGCUGACUGUUCGAAUAAAAUAAUAAAAAUUCACCAUCAGUAUCAUAUCCAUCGAUGUGAAGAAAAGACAUCUUCAUAUUAUAACUGAAGUUCUAGAAAUUUAAUUCUGCUCAUAGCUUGAAACUACGACAUCAAUCCACCUAAUUCCUAGUCGUCACUAUUGAUUCCAUUGCCUAUUUCCAAUUCUUUCUGUUUGUAUGGAUUUUGCCCAAUAUUCAUGAAUGACACUGAAAGAGGUAACGCUGGUUGAAUGGAGAAGCGAAAGAAUGUUGUUUGAUGUUGCCUCCUUUGAUAAUGGAGACAGGAAUAACGUUUCCAGGUGCUGGAAAAUGUCCCGUUCAUUGAUUCGGAACAGAAACUUGUCAGUUUCAAUAGCUUUCUCAAAAUAUUUAUUUUUUGUGUGGGAAAUAAAUUUUUUGAAUAACUGUAAUUCAGAAUACGAAAUAUCAUGUAUUGAAAAUCCAUAAUCGUUCGAAAAAAACACUUAUUUCGACAUAGAAAUACAUUCGCUUCAAUUCUAAUUCAUGUCAUAGUUAGUUCUGAACAUGGUUAGACUUUGUUAUGAUUCAGGACAGCACACAUCAUUGAUGUCGACUCAGAGUAAACUGUAUCUAUAUAUCCACUCAAAAAAUGAACUCACCAAGAUGAAAUCUCACAUGGACAUUUGUAACCAUAUUUGUUUUGAUUUGUUACUUUCCUCUAUAGUGAUGUUGUUUCUGAUGGCCUAUUCGUCAUUGAUAUGUAAAUAAUUUUGUCCAAAUGAAUUUAUUAUACUUGGUAUUUAUAAUUAAGUGCUACCUGUAAAUUUUUUGUAAAUAGUGGUGGUAGCGCGUUCCUAUUAAUAAAUAUGUUUCAAAUAA